AUGGAAAGUGCGCGGGCAGCGGUCAGGCCGGCUGAGGGCGGCUCUUCCACAGCGGGCGUGUGGAAAUCCAGCACGACCGAAAGCAGCAAGCCGAAGAAGCCCGGCGGCCCCUCGCCGAGUCCGGGAGUGGACGACGGCGGAGGCGGAGGCGGCGGCGGCGGUGGCGGUGGCGGUGAGUCGAAGCCCGAGGUUGCCCGUAUGGACGCUCUGAAAGGCGGCCAGCGGUCUCCUCCGGCCGCCGAGCUGAACAAACCCGCCCUGAAAGCUGCCAAAAACGGCCGCGGGGGUCCAAACACCAGCUCCAGCACCAGCACCAGCUCACUGCUUCUGAAAAGGCGGCGUCUGAAGAGGAACCUGUCAGCCGCCUCGGCCUCGACCAAGCUGAGCUCGGCCGCGGUGCCCUCCUCAUCGUCCUCCUCCUCUUCUUCAUCCUCAUCCUCCUCCUCUUCCUUGCACACCCGCAGCCUGGACAGGAAGGCCCUGCUGAGGCACCGGCAGGCCGCCGCCGUCCAGCUGCAGCCGUCUGACCGCCAGUGGGUCCGGGCCGACCUGCACCGGGGCGCCGUGCAUGUGCACGACCGGUCCUGGGACAGGUCCAGCCCCAGGCCCGUCCUGUGCACGCUGGAGACCACGGCGGGCGAGAUCGCCCAGCGUCUGAGCCAGACGGGCAGCAAGCUGGCGUCGGUGGUCCGGGUUAUCGGGGGAGGCCGGGGUGGUGACCACCAGAGCCGCUUUGAGCACCUGAGGCCAGAGAGCGACCGGCUCCACCUGUUCCUGUUCGAGAAGGACGAGAGCGACGGACGGCCCGAAGACUUCGGCCUCUACUCGCCCGAAGUGUCCAUCACGGCCAGCCCCUUGUCGCCCAAUGGCAACAGCGAGGGGUCGGUGCAGAGCUUGGGCUCCGCACAGUCCCGGCUGGCCGAGCACCGAGACUCUUUGAGCGACGACAUGAUCCUGGGCACGGACGCGUCCGCCCUGAGCCCGCCCUUCGAGGGCCCGGACGCCUACGGAAGCUCAUCGGACGAGCUGGAGCUGGACGGGCCUGCGCCUGGAGACCCCAGCGACUCUGUGACCCAGGACUCGACCAUUUUAACGGACAGGACGGACAUGAACGGGAGCAGGCUGGAGCCGCUGAGCCCGGCCCCUGUCCCGCCUGGAUCUGGUCCCGGCUCUCCGGGCCCGUCUGAGCGCCUCUGUUCGCGGCCCGAGGCCUCGGAGGCGGAGGAUCGCAACACUUCGCCGGCACUUUACGUGCAGCUCCACGGUGAGGCGGCCCGGCGCCUGGCCCGGGACGAGAGGCCCCUGCAGAUCCAGAACGAGUUCCUCUUCAAACUGGGAUUUAAGGACCCGUGGAGAGUGCAGGAGGAAGGGAUGAACACCGAGCUCGGCUCACUGCUGCGCUUCUACGCAGGAAAGCCUCACAACAUUGAGAGUUCGGAGCGCGUGCAGCUGUCGGGGACGUAUAACGUGCGCAAAGGCAAACUGCAGCUGCCCGUCAACCGUUGGAGCCGCCGGCAGGUCAUCCUGUGUGGUACCUGCCUGAUGGUGUCAUCUGUUAAAGCCAGUCAUGUGGGCAAGAUGCACAUCCUGCCCCUCAUCGGGGGAAAGGUAGAGGAGGUGAAGAAACACAGCCACUGUUUGGCCUUCAGCUCGGCCGGGCCUCAGAGUCAGACGUACUACAUCAGCUUCGACAGCUUCACUGAGCAUCUUCGCUGGCACCGUCACGCAGCCAAGAUGGUGUCUCAGAGGAUCAGCUCUGUGGAUCUGUCCUACUGUAGUUUGGAGAAACUGCCCCCCAAUCUGCUCUACAGCCAAGACCUCACGCACCUCAAUCUCAAGCACAACUUCCUCCCUGCUGACCACUCGCUGCAGCAGCUCCACAGGUUCACCCGGUUGCGGAGUCUGAACCUCUCCAAUAAUCAGCUGGGUGUUUUCCCUCUGGCUCUGAGCUCCAUGUCCACCCUCACUGAGCUCAACCUCAGCUGUAACUGCCUCAGCAGCCUGCACCCCAGCGUCGGACUCAUGAACAAUCUGCAGACGUUCCUCCUGGACGGUAAUCGGCUGUCGUCUUUGCCGGCUGAGCUAGGCUCUCUGCAGCGGCUGGCCUACCUCGGCCUCUCCUUUAACGAGUUCAGCGAGGUGCCGCAGGUCCUGGAGCGUCUGCCCUCUGUGGAGAGGCUGUGUAUGGCAGGAAACAGACUGCAGACCCUCACCCUGCAGGCCUUCCGCCUGCUGCCCGUUAAAUACAUCGACCUCCGGCUGAACCAGAUAUCCAGCAUAGUUCCGGAUGAGCCAGACUUCCUGCGGCAUGUGACCCAGAUGGACGUGCGGGACAACCGGCUGAGUGAGCUGGACGCCUCGCUCUUCCCCCGGCUGGAGGUGCUGCACUGUCAGAGGAACCGAAUCGGCCGCCUGCGGCUCCGAGGCUGCACGCUAAAGGCCCUUCACGCCUCCAACAACGAGCUCCGCGAACUGGAAGUGAGCCCAGCAGCCUCCAACCUCACCUAUAUGGACGUCUCAAGGAAUCGUCUGGAGGCGCUGCCGGACUGGCUGAGUGAGAGUAAGAAGCUGGAGGUGCUGGACGUCAGUCACAACUGCAUUAGUGAACUGCCCCAGUGGUUGUUCUGCAGUAGCAGUCUGAGGAAGGUUCUGGCGGGUCAUAACCGUCUGCAGCGUUUGCCUGAUCGAGUGGACAGGCCUGUGGUCGAGGUUCUGGACGUCCAGCACAACCAGCUGGUGGAGCUGCCCUGCAACCUCUUCCUCAAGUCAGACAGUUUAAGGUGCCUAAAUGCCUCAGCCAAUAAACUGGAGAGCCUGCCGCCCUCCAGCCUAUCAGAGGAGAGCAGCAGUAUUCUUCAGGAGCUGUACUUGACCAAUAACCACCUCACCGACAAGUGUGUGCCUCUAUUGACCGGACACACACACCUGAGGAUACUGCACAUCGCGUACAACCACCUGCAGACCUUCCCAGCCAGUAAAAUGGCGAAGCUGGAGGAGCUGGAGGAGGUGGACCUGAGUGGGAACAGGCUAAAGGCAGUGCCCACCACCAUCCUGAACUGCAGGCGCAUGCACACGCUCAUCGCUCACUCCAACGCCAUCGAGGUGUUCCCAGAGGUCAUGCAGCUCAUGGACAUGAAGUGUGUGGAUCUGAGCUGUAAUGAGCUGAUGGAGAUCACGCUGCCUGAGAAUCUGCCUCCGAAGCUGCAAGAGCUCGACCUUACAGGAAACCCCCGACUCAACCUGGACCACAAAACCCUCGAGCAGCUCAACAACAUCCGCUGUUUCCGGAUCGACCCGCCACUGACUUCAUUCUCAGUCAGUGAGGCUGCAGGGGGUCCGGCUGUGUGGAGCCACGGAUACACGGAGGCUUCAGGAGUGAAGAACAAACUGUGUGUUGCAGCGCUGUCAGUGAGCAGUUUCUGUGGGAGUCGAGAAGCUCUGUACGGAGUGUUCGAUGGAGACAGGAACGUGGAGGUGCCUUAUCUGCUGCAGUGCACCAUGAACGACAUACUGGCCGAGGAGCUACACAGAACCAAGAGCGAGGAAGACUACAUGACCAACACCUUCCUCGUCAUGCAGAGGAAGUUGGGCACAGCUGGUCAAAAACUAGGUGGCUCGGCGGUCCUCUGCCACAUACGGCACGACCCCACAGAUCCAACAGGCUGCUUCACGCUAACAGCUGCCAACGUGGGCAAGUGCCAGGCGGUGCUGUGUCGUGAUGGCAAAGCAUUGCCGCUUUCGCUGCUGCACAACAUCGGCCUGGAGGAGGAAUACAGUCGUGUCCGGCAGCACAAGGCCAUCAUCACUGAGGACAACAAAGUGAACGGCGUGACAGACUCCACUCGCAUCAUGGGCUACUCCUUCCUGUAUCCUGCUGUACUCCCUCGACCGUAUGUGCACACGCUCACGCUAACUCCCCGGGAUGAGUUCUUCAUCCUGGGCAGCCGUGGCCUGUUCGAAGCGCUGGACCCAGACGAAGCAGUGGAGGCGGUACGUAAGGUUCCGGACGCUCUGGCCGCUGCCAAGAAGCUAUGCACUCUGGCACAGGCGUAUGGCUGCACAGACAGCCUGAGUGCCGUGGUAGUGCAACUGAGCGUGGCCGAGGAUUGCUGCUGCUGCUGCUGUUCCUCUGCUGCUCCUCAGCCGCCUCCAAGCCCUGGACCGGGCCUUUACCCGCCCUCUUCUUCCGCGGGUGUGCCACCAUCCUCCUGCAGUGAGAUCAGCUCAGAGGUCAGCGCCUCAGAGAUGAGCUCAGAAGUGGGUUCUACCGCUUCCUCAGAUGAACCACAGAUCCUGCUCCAAGAGGCCCACCUGCACCUCCACCAGCAGACCCACCAGGCUCUGCAGCCAAACCCGAAUACCCGCCUCCUCCCCUGCUGCUCUCUCCACCCAGCCUCCUCCGUCACGGCGGGUGCCACCUCAUGCACAGUGGCAACCUCCAUCAUGGCAGCGGCAAGCUCUUUCCAGCGGCAGCUGUCCAGCGCAACCUUCUCCAGCGCACUUUCUGAUAACGGCCUGGACAGCGAGGACGAGGAACCCAUUGCUGGAGUCUUUUCCAACGGCAGCCGAGUGGAAGUAGAGGCUGAUAUCCACUGUUUGCACCUCCUGCAACCUCCUCCUCCACCCCCUCCUCCACCAUCCACCCCUGAGGCUCCUGAAGAGGCUGGUCCCAUUGACCUGGUAGCAGAGACGGCAGCACCAGCCAUUGCUACCAGCAAUCAGCAAGUUGAGAAAGUGGGCAACCCUGGGAUAACCACCGAAGUUCCAAGCAAAACCCUUGGGGGGAAGAGGAGAGGGAACGGCUCGGUGGCACCUCAGGAAAGGAGCCAUAACCUUAUAGAGGUGGCCGCCGAUGAGCCCUCUAAAAAGUCCGGGGGAUACUUCACGGCACCUGCACAGCCCGACCCAGAUGACCAGUUCAUCAUCCCACCCGAGCUGGAGGAGGAGGUGAAGGAGAUCAUGAAGCAGCAUCAGCAGGAGCAGCAAAGGCCCGCCAAGAGCGACCAGCCCACCGACUAUUAUGAUACACCACUCUAAUAAAAUACAUAUACUUGCACCGUAGAGCAGGGAUCAUCACUUCUGGUCCUGGGGGAUGUAGUCCAUCACAGUUAUGUAAUUUCCUGAUUCAAUGCAUCAGGUUUAGUAGGUGUGAUUAUGCAGGGAUGUCACCAAACCGUGCUGGACUCCCAUGGUCUUAAAGAUAAAGGUGCCUAAAAGGGUUCUUCGUAGCAAUGCCAUGGAACUACUUUUGAUUUCCUAAAGAACCUGUCAGUGGAUGGAAAACUAUUUUUGAUUGAGAUAUGCAAACCUGACAAACCUUUGUAAAGCUCAAAGAACCUCCUCAAAAUGUAACCAGUUAAAGGUUUUUCCUAGAUCUACAUGACCAAGUCAAGAACCAUUUUGGAACCUUUAUUUUUAAGUGUGCAUGAAUGAAAUUGAUUUGCAACCUUGUCCUCAGGAAACCUCAGACGGUCUACAUUUUGCUGCAUCUCAGCUCCCAGCACACCUGUACCAGAAGUUCAGUCCUUGAUUUCUUGUUUCCGAUGUGUUGGAUUCUGAGAGAGAAAGGACAAUCUGUGGACCAGUUGUCACCAACUCUGUUCCUGGAGAUCUGCCUUCCCACAGACUUUUGCUCCAACAACUGUCGAACCCAACUGAUCUCUUUAAUUCAGUGGUAUCCACAAAGGGCAGACGUGGCUCCAGGUUUUUAUUCUAAAUAAACAGGAGCACAGCUGACUCUUCUUGUUUAAUUAAUUGGUAAGUCUUCAAACAACUGAUCAGAUGUGGUCCUGCUGUGUUGGAAUGAAAACCUGCAGCCACACCAGCCCUUUGCUGAUAAGAUUGGACACCCCUGAUCUGAUUAUUGCCUUCAGAAGUCUUUGUAAGCUGAAAGAGGUGUGUUAGAUUUGAGAUCUAACACAACAGAUCUAACACAGUGAAAUCUGAAUUAAGGUAGAUCUCCAUAAGUAGGGUUGGUAACCUGCUGUGGACCAUCUCGGGGUGCCCAAGGAGUGGAUUGGAAACCAUUCCCAUAGAGCAGUGUUUCUCAGCUCAGUCCUGAGGAUCCACUGCCUUGUAUGGUGUCAAAGUGUUGAUGAUUACCUGAUGAGCAGGAUCAAGUGUGCUGGGACAGCGAAAACAUGACAAGACAGUGCAAGACAGUGGAUCUCCAGGACAAGGUCUGCCCUAGUGCAGAGUUACGCAUUACCAUUCUUGGUGCAUCUCUGUUUUCCCUGUGACCAACCUGAGUACACAAAAGGUGAAAUAAUUAGCCAGUAAGCUAAAAGGGGAAGAUCGUUAAAUUGUGCAGUACAGGUGUCCAAGAGGACUGGGAUUUGCGUUUGUAUAAAGGCCUGCUCCUUGACCUUUGCCACAGUGUCUACAACCAGUGGUCAUCAACUCUGCUCCUGAAGAGCUACCUUCCUCCAGAAAUUAGCUCCAACCCUAAUCCGCCCACCUGAUCCAUCUAAUUAUUGCCUUCAGAAGUUCUCGAGUAGCUGAAUGAGGUGUGUUAGAUUCGGGUUGAAGGUAAAGGGUAGAUCUCCAGGAGGACUGUUGGUGACCACUGGUUUAAGUAUUUGUUUUAGGAUUGGAACAGCACCCCCUUAGUUCACUAACAAGCUCUUUUCCUUAAAGGAGUUUUGGCAGAAAAUCUUAAUUUACACAGUUUUUCCACUCAACACAGACGUAGUCGAUCAGCCAAGAUAGUUUCAUGUCCACAUUUUGCUUUUUUAGCUUAGCUCUGGAGCUACAAAGUUGCCAACAAACUCUAGAGGUCUGUAGUCACCCAGAUCCUUUCUGUAAAUACAUCCCCUGAACUUCUCUAAACCGUCUCAUAACUCAUCCAGGUCUUCGGUUUAGGACAUAGUAUGACUUGCUGUGAGUUAUUAUAAUAUACAGAACUUCACCUUGUAGCCAAAUGCUGCAGUCAGCCAGUUUAGGAAGAAGGCGUUUUGUUUCCCACACAGAACCUGACUUCCCUCCAAGUUUAAGACCGUUGCACUAAAUAACGUUCAUGAUUUUGUUUAUUCUGUUUAGAAAUACAUAUAUAUAUAUAUAUAUAUAUAUAUAUAUAUAUAUAUAUAUAUAUAUAGCUUCAAAUAUAAAAUUCAAGAUUUAACAGUAAUUUUAACAUUUAAGCAACAAGCAACAGAAAUUAUGUAGGUAAUCUAGAUAGAAGUUUUUGGGAUAUAUUUGCAGAAAAUAUUUGGGUGACUAUUGCUUUUUAGUGUUAGCAACAUUAGCCUCGCAGCUCCAGUUUAAACUAAACAAGCAGAAUUUGGACACUGUAAUUAAAAGUAAAAGUACGGGUUAAAAGUACGGUUGUGUAAUUUUUUGCCAAACCAUUCCUGCAACAGACGGAAGGAGAUCUGCUUAGUGAUGUCAGGUGUCGUGGUAUAUGGUUUGAAUCCAGUAGACAUGGUGGCCCUUUAUGGAAUCAAACCAAGUACUGAUGAUGUGGAAUAUGAUCAGUAUAAUCGAAUAUACCCACAAACGCAUCUUUGGAGAGGAGCUAACCGAGACAUUUUAACCUUAAACAGUCUGCAGUACAUACAGUGGCGUCCGGCAUCUUCAAGCACAUGUGAAAGACGCCAUUGGGCUGCUGCGCCAUACAUCCGCACGACCGCGGCAACGACCCCGAUUCCUGCAAGCCGACGAAUAGGAACUUACAUCAGCCAAUCCCUUUAAGAGACUUCAGCCCUGCCCUGCACACUACUUUGUGCCACACCCCUUUAAGAGCUCAAGCAGUUCACUACUGAUUUACUGACUGUUUAGCAUUUAUUUACAUAAAGAAACAGUAUCUAUAGAAUUCAACACUAGUCUUGCAAUGUUAACGCAUUACCACACGACAAAAUUACGGAUUUUGUGAUUUCCUGUUUUUUAUUUUGAACUUACCAUAUCUUUUUUUUAUGUGUGGAAAUGCUGCAAGAGACUUCUAAAAGAAAUGAUUUGGAAAAGAAGAAAAGAAAUGCUCAGAAUCGUUUUGUUUGAAAUGGAUGGUGAUGUGUAGUACACACCGAUAAUACCACGCUUAUCUGUUGUAGAUAGGGCACUUAUGUAAGACUGUAUUUCUUCACUAAAUCAAGGCUUCAGGCCUGUAAAAAAUAGAAAUUUAGUAGUAAUUUGGAAAGACUAACUCCUAGGAGUUGCUUACUCUUUUAUGGUGACCUAGUCACUUUUUUACUAAUCUUCUCUGCGAGAAAUGGU